GAAGAAGAAGAAGAAAAAGAGGAGGAGGCGGCCAUGUUGAUUUAAAGGAAGAAGAAACACAAUAGAAGCGAUUUAUAUCAAGACAUUUUUCACUUAUUAGCGCGAAGCUACAACAAAUAGUCGAUCGAGCGCACACCGAGCACCCGCUGUAAAACGACAAAGGAACUAAGGCGGCAAGUUUGAGUUGUUGGCUUUGACUUUGAGGAGGCAGAGGGUUGAUCACGGCCACACUCUUCACCGACCGAGCUGAAGACCUGUGGCGAAGAGGAAGAGAAGGUCAAACACCAGGAGAAGGAAGGAAAUACACACUGAAGACUCAACAAGGGUGGAAAGCUUUUUGGCUUUGGACUAGAUAUACCCUUGUGUGAUUUGUGAUUUCAGGAUCCUUUUUUUUUCUCCCCCCACACGUGGAGCGACGAAUACACCACAGAGUGGAAAUAAACAAAGAGCAUUACAGACUUCAUGAUUUUAGGGGAGAAACUUGUACAAAGUUGGAGAUCCUUUUUUCAAGAACAGGGAUAUUGAGCAACUCGUAUGGACUCAAAGUGGAAACAAUAAAUAUUGUUCAAUUUAGAAACAGAAGUUUAAGUAUUGAACUAAGAUUAUAUUGAAGAAGCUAUUCCCCAAGUUCAGAUUGCCUUAGUUGUUCUAUUUCAGGACUUGAACUGCUUUGAUACUUGUUCACAUAUAAUUUUUCUAUAUAGUGAGCAAGUAUAUGAUUGCAAAUUUCUCUUCAUUUUGAAGAGCUCUUGUGUAAAAACUUGUUUUUCGUUCUCCUCGUACGUCAGUCACUCUGUUGUUGAAGGGGGCUGAACUGCACGUACAUGUGUAUAUGUACAUACUACGAAUCCACUUCUGUUUGCUUUGGACUUAAAACGAAUAGAGAAUAUUGUUUGUUAAUGCUUUAUUGAACUUUUUCUUUUUUUUUUUUACUUUGGAGAUAAUUUUUAAAAAUCCUAAGAGGCAAAAAAUAUACUUUGGAAGACGAAAACACAAGAAAGGAUAAUGGCGACCGCCAGAACAGAAAGCGUUGGCCCAGUCGUUAUGGGACUGAAUAAGCAGAACGGGCAGCUCAGAGGACAGACCAAACCAGCUUCAGUUCAGCAGGCGCCCACAACUCAAGGAAAGACUUUGGGUGCUCUUCAAAAAGUGGGUGGCGGCCCUCAGGACGCAGGAGGAAUAAAGUUCGGAGACGACUGGAAAAGGAGCCUACAUCUCCCUCCCAAAGACACCAGGGUCAAAACCUCAGAUGUGACGGCCACCAAGGGAAAUGAGUUUGAAGAUUAUUGUCUCAAAAGAGAACUCCUGAUGGGCAUCUUUGAGAUGGGUUGGGAGAAACCUUCACCUAUCCAGGAGGAGAGCAUUCCCAUCGCCCUGUCUGGACGGGACAUUCUGGCUCGGGCCAAGAACGGGACGGGGAAAAGUGGCGCUUAUCUGAUCCCACUGCUGGAGAGGAUAGACCUGAAGAAGGACCACAUACAGGCCAUGGUCAUGGUGCCGACCCGUGAGCUGGCUCUGCAGGUGAGCCAGAUCUGCAUCCAGAUCAGCAAGCACCUGGGAGGCGUCAAAGUCAUGGCCACCACCGGGGGCACCAACCUGCGAGAUGACAUCAUGCGCCUGGACGAGACUGUGCACGUGGUCAUUGCCACACCUGGUAGGAUCCUGGACUUGAUAAAGAAGGGAGUGGCCAAGGUGGAUAGGGUCCAGAUGAUGGUGAUGGAUGAGGCGGAUAAGCUGCUGUCUCAGGAUUUUGUGGUGCUCAUCGAGGAUAUCAUUAGCUUCCUGGCCAAGAACAGGCAGAUCCUGCUCUACUCUGCAACCUUCCCCAUCAGCGUGCAGAAGUUCAUGGCUAAGCACCUUCAGAAACCCUACGAGAUAAACCUGAUGGAGGAGCUCACUCUGAAGGGCAUUACUCAGUACUACGCCUACGUCACUGAGAGGCAAAAAGUCCACUGUCUCAACACACUAUUCUCCAGGCUUCAGAUCAACCAGUCAAUCAUCUUCUGUAACUCCACUCAGAGGGUGGAGCUUUUGGCCAAGAAGAUCACUCAGCUGGGCUACUCCUGCUUCUACAUUCAUGCAAAAAUGAUGCAGGAAUACAGAAACCGUGUGUUCCACGACUUCAGAAACGGACUUUGCAGAAACCUGGUCUGCACCGAUCUCUUCACCAGAGGAAUCGACAUCCAGGCCGUCAACGUGGUCAUCAACUUCGACUUCCCUAAGAACGCUGAGACUUACCUGCAUCGUAUCGGAAGAUCAGGGAGGUUCGGUCACCUGGGCUUGGCCAUAAACCUCAUCACGUCAGAGGACCGCUUCAACCUGAAGGCCAUCGAAGACCAGCUGGUGACCGACAUCAAGCCCAUCCCCAGCAGCAUCGACAAGAGCCUCUACGUGGCCGAGUUCCACUCGGGCGGCGCCGACUGUGAAGUGGAGGAGGUGGAGGAGAAGCCGGGACGCCAGCAGGACAGCACCUAAACAGAACAUUAAGACACCGGGCUUUUGCACAGACAUCAGCGCUUGCACACAGGCUUCAGGCAACUCUUCAUUUUUCACGUUUAGUCUCUUGUUUUCAGGGGCCUGUCGGACGGAUGUAAAGGCUGCUUUUAUUUUUUUUUUGAAUUUUUUUUUUUUUUUUUCCCCUUGGCUUUUUCCUCAAAGAGCUGCCCUGUUAUUUUUUUUACUGAAAGUUAUUCUGUGUUGUUUUGCACCAAGCUCAACCUGGACCACGCUUCUUUAAGCAUCACCGCAAAUCGAGUUAUUAGUGAGCGUAUUCUGAUGAAAUGGAGGCAGCAGAGUAUCAGGGCUGUUUUUUUUUUUUUUUUUUUUUUGAACCCGUUCUUUAAGGAGACUGUUUUCAUCGCCGGCUUGCGGCCGUGGGUCUGUUUUUAAAUGUUACAAUGGUGCACUUAACACCAGCCGUCGUCCUGUCCACCUACUCUGCUGUUGUCACUUAAGUGCCUUACGAAACUCCCAUGACGUGCACUCAUCCAUCCAUAGUCUGCUGCAGAAUACGAGCACAAAGAUGAAUUUAAUAGUAAACCCGAACUUAUUAGAGCAUCCGUUUUAUGCAAGGAGGGAGGAAGGGGUGGGGGGGUGGGGUGGACUACUCGUACUCUCCUGCUAAAGAGGUCAAACUUCUUUGGAAAAAAAUCAUCCUGAAUGUGAACGUUUAUUUUUUUAAUGUGAACGUUGCAAUAAAAGAAAAGGGCAGCUUUAUUUAAAUACUGCGUGACUGUUUUUCCCCUUUCACCACGACAUAAAACGCGCUAGAAGACGGCCUGAAAUACACAAGACCCCCCCCAACACACCACCACACAAACACGUACUGAUUCAUGGACGUUGGUCUGCAGCCUCUCAACCGGCCUGGGACGAGAACAGCGGCUGUUCUGGAGGAUACGUCUCCACAGCAGCCGCUGUUUUUUUUUUUUUUUUUUUUCUUGAGGUUCUUUUUACAUUAAAAUUCAUAUUUGGCUGGUGAAUACUGUAAAUCUAUCGGCCGCCGCAGCCGCUGGGUGAAAAAUCCAGUUUCCUCUUCCCAACACGGGAUCGAUGCAUUAGAGUCGGGUUCGAAUCAGCCGUGACCAAAUUUACCAGCAGGUUAUAAUCGACGGGUCCAAACGUUGGUGCAAAACAACACAUUUUCUUUUUUCUUUCUUUCUUUUUUUUUUUUUUUUUUUUUUUUUGUCCUCACAUCUUCAGAUUUUUUUUUAUUUUUUUUUGUUCGUAUUCUGGAAAAAAAAAACUUUUUAAAUCCUCUCAUGACAAAAAUUGAAGUGGGUGAAUGUAUCAGUUGCCACCGUCGACUCUGCAGCCCCAGCGGUUGAAUGCCGAGCUCUUAAAAGCAUAUUUGAUCGUUUCUGUUGCUGCUGUUUUUGUAUUAGAAACUCUGUGUAACAAAAAAAAACUGGAUGUGAAAUGGUUUCAUGGACCAGAGCAAUGAAACGGACCAUUUACAAAUUCAAUUAGUUAAAAAAAUAAUAAUCAGAUUUUUUUUUAAUUUUUUUUUUUAUAUAUAUAUAUUUUUUUUUCUGCAGCAGCAUUGAUAAAGAAAAAGAAAAUAAUCUCCCUACUGCUUUUUCUAAAAAUGUGAGGAUUAUCUUUUGUGAGGGGUGGACUCAGAUGUUUGAAAGCAAAAUUGUAGCAUCUUUGAACAGGCAGCUGUGACUUUUUUUGUCCUCCCCUUACAGAGCAUCACUAAAAGAUAAGAAAAAAAACAUAAAAAGAAAGUAUUUUUGCUUUUUAAGAUGUAUU